AUAAGGCCAGCCUGGUGUGAUGCCACGCGCAAUUCCUCCUCUCCCCCUCUCACUCUCUCUCUCUCUCUCUCUCUCUUCGCUGCCAUCACCCUUCUUUUCCUCUCCCUCUUCUCCUGGAGAAGAGUCUCUGCCCUCCUCUCUCUCUCUCUCUCUAAGCCCUGCCGCUCCUCUGAACCUCUCUCAUCCACUAUUUUCACUGUUUGUUAAAAAAAUAUUACCCCUCGCUCUCUCUCCAUUGAUUUGAUCUCCAGGCAACCGUCAGAUAGUUUUUUUUCUAGUUAUUACCUUCUCUCUCCAUGAGCACAAUCCCCCUCAAGGCCUAGCCCCUCCGGACUCUCAUCUCGUUCGUUCCUCUCUCUAACCCUAAUGGAAACCCUAGCUGCAGUAGUGACGCUUGGCCUCCUGGCAGCCGGCCUGUACUGGUUCGUGUGCCUGCUGGGGUCUGCCGAGCAGAAAGGGAAGCACGCCUCGGAACUGAGCGGUGGCUCCCUCGGUAGGGAGCAGGUGGCGUCGACCUACCGGCAGUACUGGACCUUCUUCCGUAAGCCCAAGGAGAUCGAGCAUGCCGACCGUGUCCCUGACCUCGUCGACUCCUUCUACAACCUCGUCACCGAUAUUUACGAGUGGGGCUGGGGACAGAGUUUCCACUUUUCCCCAUCUUUGCCUGGCCACUCUCAUGCGGCCGCCACCAGGGCCCAUGAAGAGAUGGCUGCAAACCUCCUGAAACUUGGUCCAGCGAUGAAAGUUUUGGAUGCGGGCUGCGGAGUUGGAGGGCCGAUGCGCACGAUUGCCACGCACAGUGGCGCAAAUGUGGUCGGGAUCACUAUCAAUGAGUACCAAGUCGGGAGAGCUCGACUCCAUAAUAUCAAGGCAGGGCUUGAUAAGCUCUGCGAGGUUGUCUGUGGUGACUUUCUCCACAUGCCCUUCGACGCUGAGUCCUUCGACGCCGCAUACUCAAUCGAGGCAACAUGCCAUGCGCCAAAGCUCUCAGAAGUUUAUGCCGAGAUCUUCCGAGUUCUCAAACCCGGAGCCCUGUAUGUCACGUAUGAAUGGGUCACGACACCAAAGUUUCAGCCCGACAAUUCCGAACAUUUGGAGAUAGUUCAGGGGAUCGAGAGGGGGAACGCUUUGCCAGGGCUGAGGAGGCAGGACGAGGUCGCCGAGAUCGCCAAGGGCGUGGGAUUCGAAUUGGUGGAAGAGAGGGAUUUAGCUUUGCCCCCUGCUCUUCCCUGGUGGACGAGAUUGAAGAUGGGGAGGGUCGCGUAUUUUAGGAACCAUGUGGUGGUGUGGGUGCUCACCAUGGUCAGGAUCGCACCCAAGGGGGUCGACGAUGUCCACGAGAUGCUCUUUCACACCGCCCACCAUCUCACUCGGGGCGGACAGACAGGGAUCUUCACGCCGAUGCACAUGAUCCUGUUGAGGAAGCCCAACAAUGCGGCACCCGCCUGCUAGUUUGCCACCAUUGUUCUCUCUCUCUCUCUCUCUCUCUCUCUCUCCCACAUAAACCCCUGUUUCUAUCUCCUUCUCUCCUGUCUUCUUUGGUUUAACCCUUGACCGCUCUAAGUUUUGUUUUGGGUUUUUAGGAUUAUGCUUCAAUCCUCUGCUGUAGUUUUAUUUAUUAUGUUUAAUUUUCUAGUUUUUCUUAUUAUUCUUAUUAUUCAAAGCCUUCCUUUUUUCUGCUUUUCUGGAUUAUCCGUAGCUUUUAUUAUUGCAGAUUUUUUUAUUAUUAGAAGUCUUCAUUUUUCAGCUUUUCUGGAUCAUUGGUCUGAGCUGGUCAGGGGAUUGGGAUUUGUUAGGGGUCUGAGCUUUCAGUUAUAGAACCCCGAUAUUGAUCUAUUAAGGAAUCUUUGCAUAUUGAUCUCUUAAAGAAUCUUUAAGACCAGUACAUAUAUCCAGCCCAGUUAUAGCGAGAUACACAAUCAAGAGAUACAUAUCCAGUACACCUUACAUAUCUAUAUAUACAAUAUACAAUGCACGUACAUGCAAUAAUAUUCACAUCCCACAUCCAGGAUGUUAGAUCUGGGUUGGUUCUCUUCUAAUUGAAGAUGGAAAACAGUUGGAGAUGGCUUCUCUCAAUCUGCCUUCUGAAACUGAUCAGAUGUGUAUUAUAUAAUUGGGCUCAUUUUCUUGAUGGGUUUCAUUAUUGCAGAGCUGUAUUGCUUCUUUUUGAUCAACCAUGAACUAUUUUGCUUC